AUGGGAGAGUUCGUCAAGGAUCUAAAUCAGACCUUUGUUGUUCUGAUUCUGAAGAAAAUGGGUGCUAACUGCUUUGAUGAUUUCCGCCCUAUCAGCCUUUGCAAUUUUACUUACAAGAUCAUCUCCAAGUUGUUGGCAAAUCGGCUGCGCCCUCUCCUCAAGGGUUUAAUUUCCCCCUUUCAAUCGGCUUUUGUGCCUGGAAGAUGGAUUGCUGAGAAUAGUAUAAUGGCUCAUGAAGUUUUAGAUUCCUUCAAGAAACUCAAGGGCCGGGAGGGGUUUGUUGGUCUGAAGCUGGAUAUGUCUAAAGCCUAUGACCGAAUUGAAUGGGGCUUUCUAGAGCGUACGUUACAAGCUUUCGGUUUUGAUGCCAGAUUUAUUGGUUGGAUUAUGUACUGUGUGAGUUCGGUCUCGUGGUCUAUCUUGUUGAAUGGGGGCCCCUUGAAGCAAUUUAAGCCGUCUCGUGGCCUCCGCCAGGGAGAUCCCCUAUCGCCAUACUUGUUUAUCCUCUGCAGUGAGGUUCUCUCUCGGAUGCUCUUGGCAAAGGAAGCUGAGGGUCUAAUCAGUGGUUUUAAGGUGAGCCGCUGCAGCCCCUCGAUAUCCCACCUUAUGUAUGCUGACGACACCUUUGUUUUUUGUAAGGCGACUAUCGAGGAAGUGAACACCGUUCUUGAUUGUAUCAAUGAGUACGGGGCGUGGUCGGGGCAACGGCUGAAUGUGCAGAAAUCAGCCUAUGUCUUCUCAGAUAAUACGGCCCGGGACACGCAGCUUGAGAUUGUAGAGAGGCUUGGGUUUCGUAAGCUGGGCUCGGAGGAUAAGUUCCUGGGCAACCCGAUUCUGUGGACUAAAAGUAAAAUGAAAGAUUUCAAGUUUUUAAAGGAUAAGAUCCUUGCUAAGAUUGAAGGGUGGCGAUGUAAACUUUUGUCUCAAGCGGGAAGAGCUACCCUUAUCAGAUCAGUGGCCCAAAGUGUCCCUAUGUACUCGAUGUCCUCUUUCCUCCUCCCUAAGGGUCUCUGUAGAGAGCUUGAUCAAGCGAUUCGCAAAUUCUGGUGGACAGGAGGAGGUGACAAAGAUCGCUAUUUGGCCCUUGUGGAGUGGGAUGCCUUAUGUCUCCCGAUGGACCGGGGAGGUCUUAAUUUCAAGAAGUUUGAGGAUAUUAACUUGGCCCUUCUGGCGAAACUUGGGUGGAAACUUGCUUCAGGCGAUACCUCUCUCUGGUGUACCAUUUUCAAGGAAAAAUAUUGGGGCAGAAGUGGUCAAUCCUUUUGGACCGCCUUGCUGCCUGGUAACGCUUCUUUCGGAGCUCGUGGUAUUUUGGCUACAAGGGAUCUUAUUAGGAAGGAGUCUUGCUUCAUUAUUGCCAAUGGUAAUUCGGUGGACCUGUGGAAUUCCCCUUGGAUCCCUUGGUUAGAGUGGAACUCCUUCAGAGCUGCCUUUAAUCCAAUGAUUGUGCCUACGUCACUUAAAGUGUCUUCCUUGCUCAAUGAUGAGGGGGAAUGGGACCCUCUGCUUUCCCACAGGUGGUUGGUUCCUAGUGUGGCUAGCUCUCUUCACCUGAUUAAGAGUCUCCCAAGCUCUCAGCAUGAUCUCCUGGUGUGGAAGGAUGCAACCGAUGGAAUGUUCUCCCCUAAGGUUGCUUAUCAGUCCAUUAUAAAACAGAGAGGUAACAACUUCGAUGUGAUUUGGAAUCGUAUUUGGAAGCUAAAAAUUACUGAGAGGUUGAAGAUGUUUCUGUGGAAGUUGGGUAGGGAUGCCCUUCCUUUUGGCAGCCGAUUGCAAAGGAUUUUUGGUAACCUGGUAAAUUGUGUGUUGUGUGGUGAGAAUGUGGACUCCUGGUUGCAUCUCUUCUGCCAUUGCCCGCUAGCUAAGGCUACUUGGUUUGGUAGCCAAUGGGUGAUCCGAGGUGAGAAUCUGAACUUCCCUUCUCCUAGAGAUUUUAUCCUUUGGUUGCUUGAUCCUGGCUUUUUAGGAAGUGCUAGCAUAGAGGAUAGAGAGGCCUUUUCCAGGUUUGGAAUUUGUCUGUGUGAUGAGCUCUGGAAUGCUAGAAACAAAGCCUAUCAUGAACAGGAGUUUCCGACUUGCUUAGCGAAAGUUAAUUCAGCGUGUUCGGCCAUGAGAAGGGCCUGGGAGGAACCUGUCCGGAUCGAUGUCCAGGUGGGUUGGGAUUUUGAUAGGGAUCGGCUCAAUGGAAGAAGAACUGUGUAUGUCGAUGCGGCUUGCAAAGACUUGCGGGCGACAGCGGGUAUAGUGUCGAAGGAGGUGGACGGAAGACUCUCCGGAGCUCUUACGGUUCAGCUGACUGUUUCAAAUCCUCUUGAGGUGGAAACUUUAGCCUUGUACCAUGUUGUCCUGUGGUGUGUUUCCCAAAACUGGCGCCAAGUUGUUUUCGUCUCCGAUUGCCAAUCGCUGGUGAAGGGAAUCCACAGUCGUGCAGCCCCUAAUUGGCGUCUGGCAUCGUCAUUUUGGCUGCUGCUACAUGCUAUUGACAUGCUCCCUCUGGGCGAAUUUGUUUGGCUCCCACGUACUCUGAAUCAGGUGGCUCAUAAUGUGUGUCAAUGGACUUUUAAUUUUCCUUUUUCUGGUGUGCUUUCUGCUGAGGACUUGGCCCCUCUUGUGGUCAUGUAA